AUGGAGAUGGCUCUGGAGACCCUCAGGGGUGUAAGACUUGUUCUCAAAACAUACCUUGUGUCUGUAUUUGUUUUGUUUUCAGGGUUGGUGAAGUUUCAGCCAUCCCUCUGGCCUUGGGACUCAGUGAGAAACAACUUAAGAAGUGCCCUGACUGAAAUGUGUGUGCUGUAUGAUGUCCUCAGCAUCGUUAAGGAUAAAAAAUUCAUGACUCUGGAUCCAGUGGUGCAGGAUCCUCCUCCUGCCAAGCAGAAUCCUCAGUUUCUACAGCUGAUUUCAAAAAAGAAGUCAUUAGCAGGUGCAGCUCAGAUCCUGCUAAAAGGAGCAGAAAGAUUAUCCAAAUCAGUUGCAGAAAACCAGGAAAAUAAGCGACAAAGAGACUUCAACUCAGAACUACUGAGACUGAGACAGCACUGGAAGCUGAGAAAAGUGGGAGACAAAAUUCUUGGUGAUCUGAGCUACAGAAGUGCAGGUUCCCUUUUCCUUCAUCAUGGCACAUUUGAAGUGAUUAAAAACACCGACAUCGACCUGGAUAAAAAGAUACCUGAGGAUUACUGUCCUUUGGAUGUUCAAAUCCCAAGUGAUUUAGAAGGAUCAGCCUAUAUAAAGGUUUCUAUUCAGAAACAAGCUCCAGACAUUGGUGACCUUGGGACAGUCAAUCUCUUUAAAAGACCAAUGCCAAAAUCAAAACCAGGUACUCCGCACUGGCAGACAAAACUGGAAACUGCACAGAAUGUUCUCCUGUGUAAAGAAAUCUUUGCCCAGCUGUCAAGAGAAGCUGUUCAAAUUAAAUCACAAAUUCCUCACAUUGUUGUGAAAAAUCAAAUCAUCUCUCAGCCUUUCCCAGGUUUGCAGUUGUCUAUUUCUCUGUGUCACUCUUCCAAUGACAAAAAAUCACAGAAGUCUGCUUCGGAAAAACAGAAUCCUGAGGAUCAUCUCUAUGUUCUGGAACAUAAUUUGCAUCAGCUUAUCAGAGAGUGUCACAAGCAAACUUUGAGCUCCACAGUGAUGCCACAUCCAGCAAGUGCCCCUUUUGGCCACAAGAGAAUGAGACUAGCAGGACCACAGGCUUUUGAUAAAAAUGAAAUCAGUUCUUUGCAGUCAAACGAAGGACUUCUGGAAAAGAUCAUAAAACAGGCAAAACACAUCUUUCUGAGGCGCAGAACUGCUCGAACCAUUGACAGUCUGGCUAGUCGUAUUGAGGAUCCUCAGAUUCAGGCCCACUGGUCAAAUAUAAAUGAUGUAUAUGAAUCCAGUGUUAAAGUUCUAAUAACUUCUCAAGGAUAUGAACAGAUAUGCAAAUCCAUUCAACUACAGCUCAACAUUGGAGUUGAACAAAUCAGAGUAGUGCACAGAGAUGGAAGAGUUAUUACACUGUCUCAUCAAGAGCAAGAGCUGCAGGAUUUCCUUUUAUCUCAGAUGUCGCAGCACCAAGUACAUGCAGUUCAGCAGCUUGCAAAAGUUAUGGGAUGGCACGUGCUGAGCUUCAGUAAUCACGUUGGCCUGGGGCCAGUGGAGAGUAUUGGCAAUGCAUCUGCAAUAACUGUAGCAUCACCAAAUGGAGACUAUGCCAUUUCAGUACGUAAUGGUCCUGAAAGUGGCAGCAAAGUGAUGGUUCAGUUUCCACGGAGUCAGUGCAAAGAUCUCCCCAAGGGCGACGUACUGCAGGACAACAAAUGGAACCAUCUUCGAGGGCCCUUCAAGGAAGUCCAGUGGAAUAAAAUGGAAGGGCGCAACUUCGUGUAUAAAAUGGAGCUGCUCAUGGCAGCCCUAACUCCAUGCUGAUCAUCUCUGUCUCCUCAUGGGGGCUUUGAGUCAUUGCUGUGCUGCCUGUGCAACAAAAGAUAAUUCAGCCUGUGGGGCUAUACAAGAAAACAGAACCAAAUUUAUUUCCUGUACAGAUGCAUCUGUUGUAGGGUUGAUAAUAAAGCAUUAUCAAUGAUGUGCAAUACAGCUUUUUCCAAAAGUUUCUUUUAGCUGUACCUUUGCAGGCUGUUCUAUAGACCAACACCUGAGUGAUUAUUGUAUUUUUCUUCUAUAAAAUGAAAUUCAGAAGUCCUUUGCUGUAUGAAAGGUGCCUGCUCAAAAUGAUACCCUUUCCUUCCCAGCCUCUGCUUUUUCUGAACAGAUUUUUACAAAUGUUUCUGAUAAAAAGAAAAUUCUGACAUUUAAGCUGUGCAACUGAUAAACCUUUUAGUGGCUUAUAUCACGAGGGAAGUACCAUUGCUUAAAUUUCAAGUUACAAGUCUUCAGUGUGUGAUGUUCUUGGCUUGGGGGUUGAGGGAAUACCUCUGCACUACACUGAUGUGGCUCUGGGUCACCCACUGAAUUUCUUGUGGAGAGGCACAGUAGUGUUGAGGGUUAUAAAGUCACUGCUUGUGAUGUGGCUGUAGAUGACUUUAUGCAGUAUAUGUUACUUUGCUUGCAAUUUCUGUUGUUUGCAAGCUUGUAGAGGAAAUGAUCUUUAUCUUCGUGUAAAAUUCUCCUGCCAAUUUGAAUUUUUGUAACUUUUUUGUGUAAAUUCGUGUCUAGAAAGAACAGACUGGGAAGAGAGGAAGAGCGGGUAACUCAUGCAGUAAGCUUUGGAUCUUCAUAGUUAGCCUGUUCUUUGUUUUCUGCCCUGGCACUCACUGCCAUUCAGAAAAAUGAUAGUAUUCUCUUAGAGGUCAGCUCCCUUGAGGUCUUCAAGAGGUAAUUUUGUUUGUUUCUCUUUCUUUGUUGUAAUUACAGCUGCCUUGAUGUUUCUACUGAAGUUUUGCCCAAUUUUCCUUUUGUUUUGUUAUUAAUGGCUAAAGGUCUUUUUGAAACUGGUCUGUGUAAGCUGGUUAAGAUUUUCAUCCAUAUUGUGUUACAAGGUAUGUAUAUACAUACAUAUACAGAAGAGAACUUUUUGCACAUAGAACGUGCUUGAAUUAAACAUCAUACUUCUGUAGUGA